AAGAAGAAAUACAAAAUCAUUUACAAAAUUUGGCCCACUUUUUCUCUCCUUCACAAAAUUUUCCCCUUCCCGGUGAUAACUAAGGAUAUACUCAUUUUAUUCUUGUUCAACUGUGCCAACAACUCCAAAGAGUGAAAGGAAGCAAAAGGUAUCAAAAUUUGGCAAAAUUGUCAUUUUUCUACCACAUUUUGAAAACGUGACAGUGAUAAUGGUGAAAAGAUUAUUCCCUGAUUGUAUUAAUUGGUUUUUGGCGUGUGAAAGGAAUAGGUGAACUAGAUUACUUUUCAAAGCAUAGAUUUCUGUAGUUUGCAUGUAUUUUUGUGAUUAAGGAUUUAGGCAUUUAAAGGAUUCUGAUCUAGACAGGCAAAGCUGAGUAGGUAUUUAAAGCUUUGAGAAACUGACAAAAGAGGAGUAUAAUUCAGGCUAUAAAGAGAGAGUUUACAGUAGAAGAAGUACCUUGUUUUGGUUGAUUUUUCAUUUCUCGAGCCCACGACCAUAAGGUUAAGAGCCUUGCGCACUACCAACUGAGCUAGACGGGUUUUGUACCUGUAUUGGUCGAUAGACAUGCCUUUUCAGAUGAAGGUUCAGCCGAUCGAUUCUUCAGAAUCAAUCAAAAAUGAUAUAGUAAAGCCGGCUGUGUUGAAAUCACGACUGAAGAAGUUCUUCGAUCGACCAUUCCCUAGUGUUUUGCGCAAGCCAAGUGCCGCUGGCGUUGCUAAUGAUGGAACAACCACUGAGUUUGAGCCAAAUUCGGUUUGUUUGGACAAAAUGGUUCAGAAUUUCAUCGAAGAGAACACUGACAAGCCUAGAUUUGGCCGUAAAUGCAAUUGUUUUAAUGGCAACAACGAUGAUAGCUCCGAUGAUGAGUUCGAUUUCUCUACUGGGUUUUCUGACUCUGUUACGAACUCUUCGUUUGGGGAUUCUUCUGAUACUCUCAAGAGCUUAAUUCCCUGUGCAAGUGUUGCCGAGAGGAAUCUGUUAGCGGACACUUCAAAAAUCGUUGAAAAGAAUAAAUCUAGCAAGCGUAAGGACGAUUUGAGAAAAAUCGUCACCGAUGAACUUUUAGCGCUUGGCUAUAAAGCUUCUAUCUGCAAAUCCAAAUGGGAAAAAGCUUCCUCUGUUCCUGCAGGUGAGUAUGAGUAUAUUGAUGUGAUAGUGGAAGGAGAAAGAGUGAUAAUAGACAUAGAUUUCAGAUCUGAGUUUGAAAUAGCGCGAUCAACUGGAAGCUACAAAUCAAUUCUGCAAUUGCUCCCCUUCAUCUUUGUUGGCAAAGCGGAUAGGCUUCAACAAAUAGUGUCAAUCGUAUCAGAAUCAUGUCGGCUAAGCUUGAAGAAGAAAGGCAUGCAUAUCGCUCCAUGGCGCAAACCGGAGUAUAUGAAAUCCAAAUGGCUCAGUCCCUACACGCGCUCCACACCGGCUCCACGCGCCGCCGAACCGGAGGUAUCUGACGCGCCGCUGCAGGACCCAGUGAUGAUGACGUGGCAACCACCGCCACUGAAGCCAAAGAGUUGUUGUGAUAGUAGAGGAGCUAAUGUAGUUGUCACCGGAUUGGCUUCCCUUCUUAAGGAAAAAUCCUAAAAAGGUUUUUUCUUUUUGUCAUUCUAACAUUUUGAUUUGAGUACAAAUAUAAAUGUAUGAAGCUAUAUAAUCGGAAUUUUAGAUAGAUGAUCGGAAACUCUUUUUUCCA